GGAAAUUUGAUUUCGUAACGUUGGUAUUGACAAUAACAUUUGACUUAUGACAAGUUCCUUUUUUGAAAUGAAUACUUAAAAAUUGGUGUGCUGGAACGAUAUUAAGCAUGCAUUUAUUAAAAGUAGUGAAAAGUUCUUGUGCAAUUUCAUCGACCUCCAAAUCGCUAAGUCAAAUAUGCCGGCUUUCUACACGUGUAAAUACCCAAUUAACCUCAAAUCGCAGUAAUUUAAUACGAAGGACUUCUGACCAGAAUUUCCACGGCAUUUUAAGAAACACGCACGUUAACAAUGCACUAAAACGGACUUGUCUCAAUACAAAAUUUUUAACUGGUGCUAGAUUUUACACUACAAAAAGCGAAAAUGACGAUGGACAUCGAACCGAUGAACAGUUUAAUCCACAACUACCAGCUACCAUGACUGUUCCUGAAGUUUGGCCCCAUGUUCCCGUAAUUGCAAUUAGCAAAAACAUUGUAUUCCCCAGAUUUAUCAAACUUAUUGAGCUAACUAAUCCUCAACUUAUUGAGUUAAUCAGAAGAAAGGUGAAACUCAACCAGCCUUACUGCGGCAUAUUUUUGAAAAAGCAAGAAGAAAAUGAGUCUGAGGUUGUCAAAAAUCCUGAUGAUGUUUACAACGUUGGUGUGUUCGCCCAAAUCCAUGAAAUGCAAGAUUUGGGCGAUAGGUUGAGGUUGGUUGUGAUGGCUCAUAGAAGAAUUAAAAUUACUGGACAGAUUAUUGAAAACGAAGACAAAAUUAAAGAAAUAAAACUGCAGUUUCCACUUUUUAAAACAACAAUGAACGUAUUUGUAGACGACACGGACGCGGACAAGCGCAGAAGAAACAACCGUCACAAGAACCGUCUGAAAAAAAACCCGAUCGAAGCGAAACCUCAGGUGGAGGCGGCGGCCGAAACCGCUCCCGGCGCCGAAACCGCCGAAAAAGAACCCCCCAAGGACGUAUUUUUGAUGGCCGAAGUGGAAAAUGUAGUGCACAACAAGUUCAGACAGACCGAGGAGGUAAAAGCUUUGACUCAGGAAGUUAUCAAGACGAUUCGGGACAUUAUCAGCCUGAAUCCGCUGUACAGGGACAGUUUGCAACAGAUGAUGCAUCAGGGGCAAAGGGUCGUAGAUAAUCCGGUUUAUCUGAGUGACUUGGGGGCUGCUUUGACAGCUGCUGAAGGAAAAGAACUCCAAGAAGUUUUAGAAGAAGUCGAGAUUCCAAAACGUUUGAUGCUCUCCCUCUCGCUACUGAAAAAAGAAUACGAACUGUCAAAACUCCAGCAGAAAAUCGGCCGGGAAGUGGAGGAAAAAGUAAAGCAACACCACAGGAAGUACAUCUUACAGGAGCAACUUAAAGUAAUUAAGAAAGAAUUGGGUCUGGAAAAAGACGACAAGGACGCUAUCGGGGAAAAAUUCAGGGAAAGGAUCAAGGAUAAAGUUCUUCCCGCUGCAGUAAAAACUGUUAUUGAUGAGGAAUUAAAUAAAUUGGCGUUCUUGGAAGGACACAGUUCAGAAUUCAAUGUGACGCGAAAUUAUUUGGACUGGUUGACUUCCUUGCCAUGGGGCAUUCAAAGUCAAGAAAAUUUGAACAUUCAACGUGCCUCGGAAACUUUAGAAGAAGAUCAUUACGGCAUGGAAGACAUAAAAAGAAGAAUCCUCGAGUUUAUCGCUGUAAGUCAGUUGAAAGGUUCUACUCAGGGAAAAAUCCUGUGCUUUCAUGGUCCUCCUGGUGUGGGAAAAACCAGCAUAGCUCGUUCCAUUGCCAAAGCACUUAACAGGGAGUACUUUAGAUUUUCUGUUGGUGGUAUGACUGAUGUGGCUGAAAUUAAAGGUCACAGAAGAACUUAUGUGGGAGCAAUGCCCGGAAAAGUUAUACAGUGUUUUAAGAAAACCAAGACUGAAAAUCCUUUGAUACUUAUAGAUGAAGUCGAUAAAAUCGGAAAGGGUUUUGCUGGAGACCCGAGCUCCGCCCUGCUCGAACUGCUCGACCCCGAGCAGAACCACAACUUCCUCGACCACUACCUCGACGUGCCCGUCGACCUCUCGAAGGUCCUGUUCAUCUGCACGGCCAACGUGGUGGACACGAUCCCCGAGCCGCUCCGCGACCGCAUGGAGAUGAUCGACAUGUCCGGUUACGUGGCGCACGAGAAGCUCGCCAUCGCCAAGCAGUAUCUGCUGCCGCAGGCCAUGAAGGACAGCGGCCUCAAGCCGGACAACAUCAGCGUGUCCGAUGACGCCUUGGCCGUGCUGAUCAAGAAUUAUUGCCGGGAGAGCGGCGUGAGGAAUUUGCAGAAACACAUCGAAAAGGUUGUCAGAAAAGUCGCUUUCAAAGUGGUGAAAGAGGAAAACGCGUUUGUGCCUGUCGACACCAACAAUUUAUCGGAAUUUGUAGGGAAACCCGUCUACACCCAAGACAGAAUGUACCCUGUGACGCCGCCAGGUGUCGUUAUGGGUCUUGCUUGGACUGCAAUGGGUGGUUCUACUUUGUACAUUGAAACUACAACACGAAGACUGCCAGCAGAGAAAGAAGUUGAAGGUUCUUUGGAACUUACAGGUCAUUUGGGCGAAGUUAUGAAGGAAUCUGCCAAAAUUGCCCUGACUGUGGCCAGAAACUUUUUAAACAAAACCGAUCCCGAAAACAAAUUCCUUUUGACCAGCCAUCUUCAUCUGCACGUUCCUGAAGGAGCGACGCCAAAAGACGGACCCAGCGCCGGUUGUACCAUCGCCACAGCUUUGCUCUCAUUGGCCAAGAACGAGCCAAUCAGACAGGACCUCGCCAUGACCGGCGAGGUGUCACUUAUGGGCAAAGUUUUACCUGUGGGCGGUAUUAAGGAAAAAACAAUUGCAGCGAAACGAUCUGGCGUUAAGUGCAUAAUAAUGCCAGAGGAGAACAAAAAGGACUUCGACGACCUCCAAUCUAUUAUCACCGAGGGUCUCGAAGUCCAUUUUGUUUCUUCAAUAGACGAAGUUUACAACAUCGCCUUCGACAAAUCCAAAGAGACCGCCGCCGCUUAACAUCCGUAACCGCCUGUUUACCGCACGUUUAUUACAACAUCGUUGUUACAUACUUAUUUUUUAACCUUGGCGCACUCGACGAACAACUCGUAAUUAUUUGUUGACCGUCCGUUGUUUCCGCCAAAUUGUGUUAUUAUUUUUGUGUUUCGAUGAUAGUGAGAGCUUUAAUUUAGAUUUUAAGAGAAUAAAAAGUUUCAUUACUUUUUUUAUUCCGAACCGUUUUUGUACUGUUGUAAAUAAAAGUCUAUAAAUUUUGUA